AUGGGCAGUUUAAAGAGAGACAAUACCUCUGAAAUGACUGAAUUCAUUCUUGCUGGAUUUUCCCAACACCUUCAAAUCCAGACUGCCUUCUUCUUAGGACUGCUGUGUUUCUACCUGGUCACAAUGUUUGGGAAUAGCCUUAUUGUUGUUGUAGUGAGAUGGGAUUCUCGACUUCAUACUCCCAUGUAUUUUUUUCUCAGUAACUUAUCCUUCCUUGAUAUCUGUUACUCCACCAGCUGGGAGCCAUAUGUCUUGGCCCAAUGUUUCAGGGACUUCCCCACCAUCUCCUAUUCCAGCUGUUAUGCCCAGAUGACCACAUCCCUCUUUCUGGGGAUGACAGAGUGUCUCCUCCUUGCUGUCAUGGCUUACGACAGGUUUGUUGCAAUCUCUAAUCCCCUGCGUUACACUAUCAUUAUGAACAAUCAGGUGUGCAUACAGUUGGCCUUGGGAACCUGGACCAGUGCCUUCUUAGUAGCAGUCACACCAGUCAUUGCAAUUCCUGCUCAUUAUUGUGGACACAAUAUCAUAAACCAUUUUACCUGUGAGAUCCAGGCCCUGCUGAAGCUCCUCUGCUCAGACACCCCUGUCAGUCUGAUCCUGGGUCUGGUAAUCAGUGUGUUCACCCUGCCCCUGCCCUUCACCUUCAUCCUCAUUUCCUAUUUCUGCAUUGCGGCUGCCAUGCUGAGGAUCCGUUCUGUGGAAGCCAGGCUCAAAGCUUUCUCCACCUGUGGAUCCCAUCUGACUGUGGUUGCUAUAUUUUAUGGGACAGCCAUCUACAUGUACUUGAAACCUCAGUCAAAGGAAUCCCAGGAAGAAGACAACGUUAACUCAAUAUUUUAUGGAGCAGUUACUCCCAUGUUAAAUCCUCUCAUUUACACCCUGAGAAAUAAGGAUGUAAAAGGUGCACUUAGGAAGGUAGCCAAAGGAAAUGAAAAAUCCUAA